AUGACAACACGGACAGACCUCCUAAACCCAAUCCACACUUUCCUAGAAGCCCUAACAAACCCAUCCCCAAACCCGAACAACCUCCUCUCAGCCUUCACAACUUCUCCAAAACCCCUAAUCCACGAACACGGUCUCCCCCAACUAGCCCCCUUCCUAGGCCGACCAUUCACCGGUCAAGAUGGGAUAGCAACUUACUUCGAAGUUAUCUCGUCGCUGCUGUCUAUCAAGAACAUGGUCUUUGAGCCCGAGGAGAACUGGGUGGUUGAUACGAGCUGUAUGGCUGUUUCGCUUCGUGGAUCCGCCACGUUCGGCUGGAAAGAGACGCGGCAGGCGUGGGAUGAGACGUUCAUUUAUCGUAUCCAGCUUGCUGUUGAUCGUCCUGGGAGUGGGAGUGGGAGUGGGGAGGGGAGGUUGGCGGUUUGUGAGUAUCAGGUUUGGGCGGAUACGGGGGCUGCGUAUCUUGCUAGGCUUGGGAAGUUGGGGGAUCUGGUAGGGUCUAAGGAUGGUGAGGGUGGUGGUGAGGGCAUUCAUGUUGAUAUUGACGCAGAGGGUACCAGAUAG